GAAUUUCUGAGUGCAGUAUGAAGUACCUAUUCCUUGAGAAUGAUAAAGCAUCUGGGUAAUGAAGCUGAACUUGGGAUUAUGCAUUUAUACACCCUGUGAUUCUGUCUAUUGCCAAAAGUGAAUAAGAACAACCUAUACUGAAAUGGAUUGACUUUGAGGACAGGGACUGCCUCAUCAUUUUUUCCAUUGACAAUUGGCUUAAUUGACAAAAAACUAUUGAUUUUAAGCUCUUUUUUUGUUUUUGGAUUUAUUGCAUGAAAAAAUGCUUUGAAAAUAGGCAGAGAGUACAGUAUGUUGAAAAGCAACUGAAUGUUGGGCCUAUUGUGAGUAAAGGAUAGUUUGUAUAGGCGUUGAAACACUCUUGAAUGUUUUUCAAAAAUUGUCAAGACUUAUGAACCAAUAACCUUGUACAGUAUAUUCUUCCAACAAUAACAGGUUUUUGGAUUUGUGACUUAAUUUUCCCCAUGAAUUUAAAAUAUAGCUCAUCGCGAUGAAAACAGCAGCCGACGAGGGACGCCCGAAAGCCCCGUUUUACUUCCGGUUCCCACAUUGGAUCAUUUUGGCAGUGCUUUCGUUUGUCCUUUUGGGUCCGUAUCCGUUAUACGCUGGGAUUCUCGUGAUUUCCGUUCUCGUCGUGUGCACUAGUGUCUUGAGAAAGCAGUGUUUUGCGCGAAUCACUGAGGAUUUCACUCCGGAAUACAAUGAAGUGUGUCACGAGGACAAGGUGGAGCAUUUCAAGUCGCUCGCCGGAGUGGAAUCUUCAGACGAGGGUCUGAAGAAGAUGGGCAAGUUUCGCUUGUUGGACCUUGGUUGUGGGGCUGGUGCGAAUUUGAUGUAUUAUCCCGAUAAUGCCGUCGUGAUUGCGGUGGAUUACAAUCCGUCUAUGGAGACAUUUUUCAGGGCCAGGUUGAAGCGGCUUGAAAUGGAACCCCAACUAGAAAGGUUUUUAGUCACCUCUGCCUUGGACCUGAAGGACAUUGAAAGUGGUUCUGUGGAUGUGGUGUCUACAUGCAUGCUUCUCAACUACCUGGAGGACUAUGACUUGUUUUUUGCUGAAGUGCUCAGGGUUUUGGCACCUGGAGGCAAAUAUUACUUUUGGGAGCAUGUUUUGGACCCCAAUCCCAGGUCCCUGUUGCGAGCAUCUCAGUGGUUCUUGGAGCCGAUCGUGACCCGAUGUGCAGAUGGGGCCCAUUUGAUCAAGGAAACUGCGAUCGAGUUUGAGUCCCGAAGACACUUGUUUCAGGACCUUAGCCUCAGGCAUUUUUACAUUUAUCCGCAUGCUCACAUGUCCGCAGCGACCAAAUUUUUUGUCUGGUUUUUGCAAAGCGCGAAUAUUUGCGGCGUUGCGUUGAAAAAUAUGCGCUGAAUGUUUAUUUUUGAUAUCAUUUAUGAAUGUGAUGGUGAAAUUUUUUUUGUGGGGGG